AUGAGAGUGGCUAAGGUUGUGUGUAGAGAGCUGGGCUGUGGGAAUGUUGUAGCUGCAUCUACAGGACCUCUGGUUGAAGAUGGAAGAGGAGGAGUCACAGUAUGGAGAUGCAGUGGAGAUGAGUCUACUAUUAGAGAGUGUGGAGUAGGACCUACUGACUGUAAUGGUAGAUAUUCUCUUCAUGUGAUCUGUUCAGAGUCUGUGCAGCUUGUGGAUGGAGCUGGCUUCUGCUCUGGGAGACUGGAGGUGAAGUCCAAUCAGUCCUGGGCCUCAGUGUGUGAAGCUGACUUUGACCAGCAGGAUGCAGAGGUAGUCUGUGGGGAGCUUGGCUGUGGGGCUCCUGCAGCUCUACAGGGGGGGCUCUAUGGAGAAGGUGAGGGUCAGACCUGGGAUAAAGAGUUCCAGUGUAAAGGCAAUGAGUCCCUUCUCCUGGACUGUGACACCUCAGACAGAAAAAACAACACCUGCCUACCUGGUAAUGCUGUUGGACUCACCUGCUCAGAGCCUGAUGAUGUGAGGCUGGUGGGAGGAGGCAGUCGCUGUGCUGGUGGAGUGGAGUGGUACUACCAGGGAGAGUGGAGGACUGUGGGAGCUGUAGACAGGAUCAAGGAGGCUGUAGCUGCAGUAGUGUGUAGACAGCUGGGUUGUGGCUCCACUGUUUCAGUUCUACCUGGAAACACCACUAGAGUGUUUGGUGUUGAAUGUUCUGGGUCUGAGCCUUCACUGAGGGAGUGUAGGAGAAUAAAUUAUCUCCUUCCUGGAUUCACAGUGAUCUGCUCAGAUCUCCUGGUCCAGCCUGAUAUCUUCCUGACUGACUCAAUGGGAGGGGUCUCCAGGGGCCACCAGGGGCCCGAAGUGUUUAGGGGCUACAACUUCACCAUCACCUGCUCCACUCAGCCACAGUACCCAGGAGGCUCCUUCCUCCUCACGUUCACCGGCUCCAACAGAACCCAGACCCAGCCAGCUGUCAAUCACUCUGCUGCCUUCCUCUUCCCUGCUGCAGAUGACUCCCACCAAGGGAACUACAGCUGUGUUUAUGACAAUUAUGUUUUCUCUCAUAACUUCUCCUCUGAGUGUGAGCUCCUCUCCCUCACCGUCACAGCCUCUCCUCUGCCAGCCUUCAUCAUCAGACACGUUGUAGUGCUGCUGAUCCUACUGACAGCCAUCACCACCUUCUACCUGUACUACAAGAUGUGUGAUUAA